ACCACGGAUUUUCAUAUUCAUUGCGUCAGUUUCGCUACUAUUCCAGCUGUGUGUAGCCGGAAUGGAUUCCGAUUCAAAGACGAUACUUCGCGAUCGAAGACAAACUAUUCUGUCAAGGCAUCCAUUCUCUGACGAUGAGAUACAGAUGAUCGUUGAUCGCCACAAUGAGUUGAGAAGGCAGGUUGAGCCACCGGCCUCCAACAUGCAGACCAUGAUGUGGCACGAAGAGCUGGCCAAUAUGGCACAGACGUGGGCCGAGAGAUGUGUUUGGGAGCAUGGUCAACCAGAAGUAUCAAACCCACCAUAUUCCAUCAUUGGCCAGAAUAUGAAAAAGGGCACAGGCCUCAAUGCAAUGACGGCCCUCGAUCAGUGGUUUGCCGAAAAAGAAUUCUAUAAUUUUGAUAAUAUAACAUGCACUAAGGAAUGUGGACAUUACACACAGGUGGUGUCAGGACGCUCUAAAGAAGUAGGGUGUGGAGUUGCUGAGUGUCCAAGCAAUAGCGGUGCCUAUAAUAUGGUGGUGUGCAACUACGGACCUGCGGGCAACUACCGAAAUACAGCACCUUACAUAAGUGGCGUUGCCUGCUCAGCUUGUCCACCUCCAAGUUGGUGCCAUGAAGGACUCUGCAUGCCGGAUUGUCAGCAUCACGAUGAACCCUUUAGUACCUGCGAUUGCCACAUCAAGUGUGAAAAUUGUGGUAUACGGACAGACUUAUGUACAUGCACAUGCGCAGAUGGCUGGACUGGAAUCACUUGCUCAGAACCAUGCAGUGACACCAGUCGCCAUUGUGGGAACGGUUGGUACAGACACUGGUGCAACGAGGACCAUUCAAACGUCCUUACAAAAUGUCCAUUGAUGUGUGGACUAUGCCAACAGUUGCCAGAAGGGGAGGAGGAGCAGAGUUGCUGUGGUGGUAAGAUUUGUCAGAACGAAGGUAACUUGGAUGUCGCCACAUGUACGUGUGAAUGUACUAAAGAUUUUACAGGCGAUUUAUGCGAAAAUCCAGUAACAACACCAGUCAUGGUUGAAAUUACAGAACAUGUCGAUGUGGAGGUGAAAGGUACGGAGAAAACCCAUGUAGAUAAGAAAGCUACACCAAAGGCUGAAAAUGUCGCAUCCGCUGCAUUGGUGUUAAAUCUCAAUUUCACCAACAUACUGGUAUCCAUCUUAUUGGUCAUCACAUGCUGUAGUGUGUAA